CUACACCUCCGUCGGGGACGCGGCGUAUUCACACGCAAAAAGUUUGGAAACACGGCUUCCCGGUGCUGAAUAGAGACGAGGGCGACGCUGGGCGAACCCCGAGACGGCUGUCGGAACCAUGGGUCAUAGCUGGCUUUCGUACAAGCUGGUUAUUCGCGUCAUUUAGAAGCUUCAAAUGUGUGAAAAGUCGCUCGGUCUCACCUCGUCGUUGAACAAGAUGGCAGCAGCAGCAUCGUUGCAGGAUUUGACUGUGGUGCGGGUCCCCGUCGCGAGCCUGUCCCUCGACGCUCUCGGUGAUGCGAUAAAUAGGUCUUACUGAAGGUAUGGCCUCACAAGUCUUGGUCUACCCAUCACACCUGCACUCAGCUCAAACAAGUGCCUUAGGAACCAGCAGCAGUGGUACAAGCAGACACAAAGACGAAGGUCCUAACACCAGCAAGGCCUUUCAGCACCGACCCACGCCCAAGACCUAUGUGAUCGGCGUCAACUACGGUAUCGCCUACCCCAACAACGUGAUCCCAUCCUCAGUUGGUGCUGAUCCAGGAAGUCUGCACGAGGGACUUCAGCUCAGCGAGAGGGAGGAGGGUGCAUCACAGGCCGCGGGAUUACAGAGAGAGGAGAGCUGGGAGAGACGAGGAGAAGGUCCGGCUGGGAUCCAGAGCGGAGGCCCACAGGAAGGGAGGCUUCGAAGAGACAGCGGUGGAACUCCGUCAGGAGGAGGCUUGGACUGCGGGCUACUCAGGAGGGCCUGCAUCAGAGCAGAGGAGGAGGAGGUCAGAAAAGGAAGGGCGCAAGCGAGAGGGGGUUACGUCAGCCUGCUAGACACAGGUGCCCCCCAGAAAUGUGAACAGAAGGCAGGCGAAGGUGGAGAGCAUCCGCAGGAGAACAGCUGCGCAGGAGCCAUGCAGAUAGUGGAGGAGGUAUCUGCUCUACCUUCACUUCCUCCGCCUGUGGCCAUGUUGCAAACCAGCACCGGGAACAAUGCAGACACUGUCAGAGUAGGGGGUGGAGGGACACUGUUGACUCAACACAGCAAGCUUGAGGCAGUGACCGGCAUGGGAAUUAGCACGAACGGGACCGAAGUCGCGGCUGGAGCUACAGUGACCAGAACUGGAUCGGGAGAUGGUGACUAUCAGUUAGUUCAGCAUGAGGUUCUGUGCUCCCUGAAGAACAGCUAUGAGGUCUUGGAGUUCCUGGGCCGUGGCACCUUCGGUCAGGUGGUGAAGUGCUGGAAGAGGGGGACGAGUGAAGUGGUGGCUGUCAAAAUACUGAAGAACCACCCAUCCUAUGCACGUCAGGGACAGAUUGAGGUGGAGAUCCUGGCCCGGUUGAGCAGCGAAAAUGCAGACGAGCACAACGUGGUGCGCGCCUUGGAGUGCUUUCAGCACCGCAGCCACACCUGCUUGGUGUUUGAGAUGCUGGAGCAAAACCUCUACGACUUCCUGAAACAGAACAAGUUCAGUCCGCUGCCGCUCAAAAUCAUCAGGCCCGUUCUGCAGCAGGUGGCUACAGCCUUAAAGAAGCUCAAGUGUCUUGGUUUGAUCCAUGCUGACCUGAAGCCAGAGAACAUCAUGCUGGUGGACCCCUCCAGGCAGCCGUACAGAGUCAAGGUCAUCGACUUUGGCUCAGCCAGCCAUGUCUCCAAGGCCGUCUGCUCCACUUACCUGCAGUCCAGAUACUACAGGGCUCCAGAGAUCAUUUUGGGCCUGCCAUUUUGCGAGGCCAUAGACAUGUGGUCACUGGGCUGUGUGAUAGCCGAGCUCUUCUUGGGCUGGCCCCUCUACCCUGGAGCGCUGGAGUACGACCAGAUCCGGUACAUCUCCCAGACUCAGGGCCUGCCAACCGAGCAGCUGCUCAACAAGGGGACCAAGACCUCUCGUUUCUUCUCCAAAGAAUCCAACUCUCCCUACGCCUCCUGGAGACUAAAAACGACAGAAGAGCACGAGAAAGAGACGGGACUUAAAUCCAAAGAGGCCAGAAAGUACAUCUUCAGCUGUCUGGACGACAUAGCACACGUGAACGUGGUGCUGAGCCCCGACGGCAGCGACAUGCAGGCGGAGAAGGCCGACAGGAGGGAGUUUGUGUCCCUGCUGAAGAGCAUGCUGCUGAUCAAUGCUGAGGACAGGACAGUUCCCGCCAGCGUCCUCAACCACCCCUUCCUCACAAUGACCCAUCUGCUGGACUACCCACACAGUAACCACGUGCAGUCAGCGUUCCGCAUCAUGGACAUGUGCCACAGUCGGCCCGCCAACGCAGUGUUUGACGCUCUGAACGAGAACACCAUUCACUUCUCAAGGCCCCCUGUAGCCUCCUCUGGCCUCCCUCUAGGCUACAGCAACAUGCCAGUCCACACUCAGGCUAUGAACCAGUCCGGUCCCUCAGUGUUGCAUCCUGGGAUAGCUCUAACUACUGGGAAUGGUCAGUUCGGGUGCACUGACUCCUUCCCACCUGCCCUUCUUCUUUGUCCUCCCCCCAUGCAAGGUAACCUUAACCAACCAGCAGGGUAUUCGGUUCCCAUGGUAACUCAGGCUCCUCCCAUGCAGCCCUUACCAGUAAGACCUGGUGUCAUUGCUCAGCAGGCCUGGUCCAGCCGAGGGCAGCAGCUCCUCGUCCCAGCAGGCUGGCAGCAGAUGACUACCGUUGGUCCUCCUCCCUCUCACCCACCUCCCCCGCCACCAUCCUCCCUCACCAACGACGCAGCAGCCGGCCCACAGAGAAUAAGCGACUGGGGCAGCCACUACACCUCAAUGAUGCACCAGCCUCUCCUGACCAAUCAGAUGCCAGCCCUCUCUGCCCAUCAGCCAAUCAACAUCGGCAUAGCUCAUGUUGUGUGGCCCCAGCCGGCCAAUAAAAGGAACAGACAAGGUCACAACAGGAACCUGUCCCACCCCAGCAACAUCCACAUAUCAGCCAAGAUGGCCAACGCUGUUGGACAGGCGGUGGCGCACAGAGAACAGCCUCGGAGGGAGGCGCCCCCGACGGGGACCAGGCAACCGGCAGUUCAAAACUCAGACGAAGAGGGAAACAACGCAGAGGAGGAGGUGAGCUGCUUCAAAGAGGCGGUGCCAAACGUUAACAGCCAGCUGGACCUGUCCAGUCGGCAUCAGCGGGAGGUGGCGGUCCUGAUGGGGGACACGCCGAGCCCCGCUCCCAGUGUGAUCAGCAUCCCCAGCGAGCUGACUGAUGAAGAGGACGAAGACCCUCAGAGGUGCCGUCUGGGCGAGUGUAAAGAGUGUGUGUGCGAGGCGUGCAGAAACACCAGUGUGUCCAUGGAGAGAGUGUGUUCUCUGAGCAGCCCCGACAGCAGCCUCAGCACCAGCUCUUUUGCCUCUAACUCCCUUCAGUCCAGCCCCUCCCUCUCACCAUGCAAGAGACCCAACAGCAUGUCGGAGGACGAUGGCCACGAGAGCGGCUGUGACACCGUGGAAGGAUCCCCCGAGUCCGACACGUCAACCUCCCCGCGUGCCAACAGCCCGUACCGGUACCUCGACAGCAACCGCAAUCGCAACGAGCGCCCGUCUUUGGCUGCCAUGGUGGCGCCGCUGCCUUCCCCUGCGGUGCAGGGCAGGAGCCCCCGCGGCGUUAGGACGAUGGUGGUUCCACCGAUGAGAGUGCAGAACAACAACAGCCACGGGUCAGAGGAGCGUUUUCAGAGGACAGUCUCCGAGUCCUGGUCCCGGUCCAAAGGGCGCUGCAGCCUCGUAGGACAACAGAGCACUCCCUCCUUCCCCCUCCUCCCUUCUGCCCCCCUCCUGUCCCGGCAGCAGAAAGUUACAGGGCAGCAGCAGCACACUCUGGGCUUUGGACAGAUGCAGCCGUACGGUUCCAACCACAGCAGCAAAGAGUGGAACGGCAACUAUGGCCCUCUGCGGCCCCACGCCUAUCCCCCUACGGUCCACACGCACACCUUCACGCACCUGCAGCACAGCAGCCCCACCCACACCUCGGCCCAGGGCCUGCCCGCUCACGCCCUGCUGCAGUACCCCCCAGGCCCGCUCGCCGCCGCUCACCACCCCCACCCCAUCCUGCCCUCCCGCCCUCCCCCGACUCUCCUCCAGCACAGCUACGGUCUCUCCCACCCCCAGGGAGGCGCCAUAGUGCACCAGGUGACCCUGGGCAUCAGCGCCCACCCCCACCACCACCACCACCACCACCACCAACACCCGGGCCACCCCGCUCCCCACCCGCACAGGCUCCUCCCCUCCCCGACCGUCCACCCGCACCACCAGCCCGCCUACGGCAUCAACCCCCACCAGUUCAAGCCUCCCUUCCCGCCCCCUCACCCAUACAUGGCCUCCCCGGCCGCCUACACCGGCUUCCCCCUGAGCCCCACCAAGCUCAGCCACCACCCGCAGUUCUCCUAUAUCUGAGGAGCAGAACGGGGCCGCAGCAGUACCUUCUGGUGAGGAGGGGCAACGGGAAAUGGACCGGGGCUGCGACCUGGGCAGGUAGAGCAGGCAGCAGAGCACAAAACGGACACUUUUGACGAGGAAGACGAGGAUGAGGAAAACAUGGUCAUAAGGAGAGAGAUGUAUCAAAGGGGACUGAGAAAGAAAAACAAACGUGAGAUAAUGUUUUAUGGUGUUUUCGAGGACAAAAUGAAUUCAGAUUGCCAGAGCAACUGAGAGACUUCCCGCAUAACAUCAUGUCGGAUGAAAAGCGGAGCUUGAUUUAAAACGGCGAAGCUUCACAAGAGAGCGUCAGGAGAGAGCUGAUGACUUCACAAAGUGCGACAAAAAGGAAGUUUUAAUUGAUAAUGUGUCCUUUGCACAUUACAUCCUGUCGUUUGAUUAGCGUUCAGAGAAAAUGAUCUAAACAGAGGGCGGUGAAAUCGUUCGUUGUCGCUGUUGCUGUCAGGGCGUUCGGCCUCCCCCCGCCCCCCUUUAUCUUUGUUGCCUUGUAGCAUGUGUGCUGGCCGGUCUGAUCUGCGUGUUAAGCCAUCCCAGUGCGUAUUAACCGGGAUGGAACGCUCCCGUCUUUGUUUGAGGCAGACCUCGCUGCUGCCUUCGCCCUAGUGCCUUAAAGAUCAGAGUCUCUGAUGUUACUUCAGGAGCUUAUAGAUUGUACAUUUAAAAAAAAUAUAUGGGCUUGCAGCACUUAACCCUCAGACUCUGUACGCGACGGGCUCAUUGGAUAAAUAACGCUUGCGGUCUUAUGUGUUUAAUAUUGGCAAAUGUUGGACUUCAGUUUGCUUCCUAACUCAGAGUAUGGAUUUACUUUAGCUAGAGGCUGCACAUUUAGGGCUUUGACUGAAUGAGCUUUUUAUGUACAUAAAGAGUGAUUUGAUAUUUUGAUAAUCGAUUUCUAUUCACUAUAGUACUUAAAUUCAUAACAGUAUUGUCACUGUUUACUGUAACUGCAAUACAAUCUAGAUGGCCUCUGGGUUGCCGUGUUUUUAAAAAUAUUUUUUGGGCAUAUAGACUAGACUCGCGUUGACGCAUUUUAGUUUUUCGGGAGCGGCAUAGAUAUAUAAACGCGAUUGUGUUUUUUUUUGUUGUGUUUUGACUUUUAAAUGCUUCUCAGUGUUUGAGAUAACCUAUCAACUUACAGUAUUGUUGCCGGGCUAUUGAGCGUUAGAGGUGUUAUCGGUAAUUGUUUCAAAUAUCUGUGUGCAAACUAACCUUCUUGUCCAUGUAUUGAAGUCAGUUUUGAUACAUUCCUUCAGGGUGCAUGCAUAGCCUGUGUGUGUGUGUGUGUGUGUGUGUGUGUGUGUGUGUGUGUGUGU